ACAAGUUGUAAGGACAAACUUUAGUUAUAAGCGCCAUCUAUGGUUAAGUAGCUGAACCGCAAGAAACCUAAUGUCCAGCUAGGUUAGGUACGACCAGAUAAUUAUUUGAUAUUUUGGAGAUUUUUUUUUGUAUUUUAAAUGUAUGGCUAUAUUAUUUAAAUGUUAAUUUGGCUAAAUACAAAUAUAUUUUGUUUUAUCAAUAUCAUGUUUAUUUUUUUUCGUUAUUUCUUUAUAUGGUAUCCCUAAUCGCGACAAAGCACCCCCUAGCGAGCAAAAUCAAAAACCUUCCUUUUGUCUCCUUCAAUCCAAUAUGGCGGUAAACGAUGUAUGAAAGGUGCAGAAUGUUAUGAUUUGAAACGAAUAAUAAAAAUAGUAAAAUAGCAACGAAACCCGUGAAAUAAGCGCUUCGACCGGCGUGUUAACGACAAAACACUGUUAAUAACACAAACGGAUCAAUAUUCAGUGAUGUGUGUGUGAAAAAACGUGUUAUUUAUAUUUGUGAAAUAUUAUUUUUCUGUGUGGGUUUUCGCUAAUGCAUCACGGUGUAUUGCUAUGUGACAGAAAACGUAGAUAUGUCUACCGAUGCUGAUAAGGAAACGGCAUGUCCGAGUGUUAGUGCAAAUCAGAGUGGCGGGGACGAGUCGACGACGGAGGAAGCGAGGAAGAAGAAGAAAUCUUCUCGGAAAGUCUGCUUUCCUGAUGAGGAGCACCUUGUCACUCAGUAUUUCGAGCCUGCGAACCCUUGGCACAAUGUGCCGGCGACGACGCGGGCGCAGCUGGCGGCGGAGUACCUCGAGUCCUGCCGGCGCCACAACACGCCCGCCAUCGACUCUGUGCUGCUGCAGAUACGGGAACUACCGGAAGGCGUGAUAGGCGGAGGCAUGCGCGCGCCGCGCCUCACGCUCUCCUGCUGUUCUCUUCUCGGCUCCGCUCCGUGCGACGCUCUAGAAGCAGUGCUACAUCGCGCGCAGUUCCGCCGUCUAGAGCUAGAGUGUGAUAUAGAUGACGAGGGCGCGGAGGCGUUGUUUGACAUGAUUGAAUACUAUGAGAGUGCCACGACGGUGGCCAUCACCGGGCCGCGGCAUUUCGGCAUCCGGGGAUGGCAGGCAGCUUCUAGAAUGAUCAAGAAGAGCGCAGAGUUAUCCGAACUAGAAGUGUCAGACGGACCGGUAGAAGCGACACACGCGCCGGUCCUGGCGCGCGCACUGCGGCCGGCCGCGUGCAGGCUCCGCUCCCUCUGCCUGCAGCGCGCGGCGCUGGCCGGCGAGCCGCUCCUGUGCCUCGUAAUAGCGCUGAAAUGCAACCGGUCCGUCCGGGAGCUCCGGCUGUGCGACAACCGGCUGACGGGCGCCGACGCCGCGCAGAUAGCCGCGCUGCUCAAGAUCAAUACCCGGAUACAGCUCCUCGACCUGUCCAACAACCAGAUACAGGACGCGGGCGUGGGCCACAUAGCGGACGCGCUGGUGGAGCAGGCCACGCAGUCGCCGCCCUCCGCCAACAGCUCGCCCAUGUCGCCGCACACGUGUCCGCUGGCGGGCGGCGGGCACGAGGCGCGCGGGCUGGCCUUCCUGGUGCUGUGGAACAACCAGCUCACCAGGCACGCCGCGCACCACCUCGCCAGGAUGGUGCGAGCGUCCAAGUCGCUGUGCGUGCUGAACGUGGGCCGCAACGCCAUCGGCAGCGCCGGCGUGCGCGUGGUCGGCGCCGGCGCGCUGCUGUCCCUAGGCCUCCAGGGCGCCAGGAUACUGUCCGACGCGGCGCCGCUGCUGCAGCAGGCGCUGCUGCAGGACACGCACCUGCAGAGGAUAGACCUGCGCGACAACAGGCUGGGCGCGGAGGGGCUGCAGGCGAUCCUCGCCGCCAUGGAGACCAACACCACCCUCACGCAGGUCGACCUGGACGACCCCGCGGAGUCAUCCCCGGCGGAGGAUCCAGUCGCGCGACUAACGUUAGAAGUGCGCGCCCUCUGCCGGCGCAACGAGCCCGCCGCCGCCAGCCCCGAGCGGCGCGUCACCAGGAAGAUCAGCCUCACCUGCCACACGCACUGUCUGCACCGGGUAACUCCCCGCGCCCGGGAGACGGGAAGGGACACGCGGCUGCGCUCCCCCGCGCCCUCCCCCGCGCCCUCCCCCGCCGGCUCGCCCGUCCCCGCCGCGCACCCCUCGCGCUUCUCCGUAACGCGGGUGACGCCGGAGCGCUCGCCGGCCGACUCGGCGGCGCUGCGCUCGCCGUACGCCGCGCCCUCCAGGUUCAAGGUCGUGCAGGUAGCGGAGCCGCCACAAAUCCAAGUACAGUCGGCCACGCCGGAGCAGCCCACGCUGCGCUCCUCGCGUUUCUCCGUGACGCGCAACAUGGACACCAUCUACAACCCCGCCGCGCCCUCCCCGCCGCCCACGCCCAUGGCCUCCAAGAACAGGCCCAGCGGGGGCCAUCAGCAGCCCGCAGACUGCACCAACUGUCAGCCCAAUGAUCACGCUGAAUCUAAAGUGCCAGAGGACAGUAAACUUAAUGAAACUGUAAUCAUUGUUAAAGACGCUAGUGUGAAAGAGAGUGGCGAUGAAAAAGAGGACGAAGCUAACACUGAAAAGACAAAAAGUGAUAAAUCGAGUGAUGAAACUGUUGUAAAUAGGGUAAAUAGUGAUACGGUUAGUGAUAGAGACUUGGAGAACGUUUUCCACGACAAGUCGGAGACCCUGUCCCACGACGAGGCCGUUAGUGUAAUAGGUGAUAAUAAAAUUACUAAAACCGAGACGAAAUUAGUUAAAAAUAGCAAAGCGGUGAGUGAGAAUGAGAAGAUAGAUGUACAGGUGUCUGUUACGGUGAAGAAAGAGACGGUAGAUACGCCCAAAGCGCAUAGCGACCAAAUCAAAGAAAAUAAGGUGGAGGAAGUGGUCGAGAAACGUGACGACGUCGCCAUGAAACAGAUAGAAGCCAUCAGGGAGGACCUCGGCCACCUUAUAGAGGAGAUGCGCGACAGAACCAAAACCGUUAAACCUGUUAAAGUAAAGAGUGAUUGCACGCAAACUGAUAUAAAUAUAGAUAGCAAAUUAGAUACCUUCGACGAUGUACCUGUUAUUAAUCGAGAUAAUGUAGUUCUUAAGAAAAACAAAAGUGAAUCGAGCCUGGACAGCCCCGAUCUGGAAGUGUCUAGGCUUAUGAACAAAAAGCUGAUUGGCAGCCCGUUCUGCGAUAGUAGUUCCUCUUUGGAAAUAUCCGGUAGCUCCAUGGAGAGUCUGAACGCGAUAGACCAGCCCACCAAACCUAUAAUCAUACAAGAAUCCAUCGAAUCAGAUUCAGAACUGGAUAGAAGAAAAACCGAUGUGGUAUUGUCUACUGAGAGCAGUAUAGAAUCCACGAGUGAAGUUACUCCCGUCAACAGUGGGAACUUCCUGAACAUGUCUGUCAGCUCCAACGAGAGUGUAUCUCCGAUAAUAUUUGGGAAAAACAAGAAGAUACACGGAUCACUCUCCAGCUUAGAGGCGAGCGUGAGCUCCUUGGAGUCCAGACAAGAAAAAGUUAUGGUAACUUCAGCCGAUUCAGGUAUAGAAUAUUCCUUGCAAAUUCCAUCAGAGAACAAAGAAGAUAACUCAUCCAACGAAGGCACUUUAACGAACAACUCGAGUUUAAAAGAAACUGUAAAGAAAGACGGUUUCCAACUCCAGGAAACCCUCACCUGCUCUCCCAAGAGAACUUCCAGUUUGCUUGAUGUGCCCGCACUGAAAACGAAAGGUUUGGACAGAAUGAGGAAAAUAUCAUGGGUCGCGCCGUCAGCCAGCUUCCAUAUACCGAGGCCAGAACCAGAAAAGGAAUCCAAAAUACCAGGCCAUUUAGAAAAAUUACUAAGCCUCUUCCAACAUCCUACCAGUAUAUUUUCCAGAAACUCCGAAGACGAAAAGAAAUCCGCUUCAAAUACUCCUCCUAGAAAGGAUUCUUCUCUCACCAGCUCCUUCUGGUCCUGGGGCAGCACCGUCGAGAAGACAGAAGAGAGAGAAGAUGUAGAAAGUCUGUCGGAAGCUACAGAUUCCACGCUUUCCGAGAGAGUCCAAGUUUCUUUCGUCGACGAGUCUUUCUCCAAGAAGCUGGACAGCAAAACGCCGUCGACGGACACUGACAACACGCUGAGCGAGUUCCAGUCCUUGCAGCAAGGCAACUCGGAGGCGAGCGAGCCCGAAAUAGAUAAAGUUACCGAAAAAACCACCGAUGACAAUUUAGUACAAAAAUGUUUAGGUUUAAGCUUAAAGUGUGACGCUAGCGCCAACGGGAACAAAGACGUGGCGAGAGCGUGUGAUAUAGUAGAUCUCAGUAAACCCAACGACUUAAAUAAAAACUAUGAUACGAGUAAGCCAGACACCAACAAAAACUCCGGGGAACCGGAAUCUAAAGAAGAUAAAGAUAAAACAGAGCCCAUCAGACCUAGGUCUUUCGCUGCGGUCUUGAAAGCGUCCGGCUCGGAGAACUCUCUAGACAAGCAGAGUCCGGAAACCGGACAACCGGUCGAUAAACUACCCAGCAAGGUCAUCAGGGGCAUCAAAGAAAAUAUAAGCCCUGAAAACACAUUGACGUCCACUAUGACUAAAGCGCUAGCUUUUGAACUAACGGAGAAACAGGUUAAAAGUCAACCGAUAGUGAAUACAGUUUGGUCAGUAACGUUAGACAAUGAACCGAAAAUAGAGGAGAAAAUACAAGAAUUAGCGCCUAUAGCUACUAUAGAGGAAACAUGUGACGAAACAAUAGAAAACGCGCAGUUAGAUUACAUUGACGAUAUCAAAUUUAUUGAUGACAAAAACAUUUCGAGCGACAGCGGUGUCACUUUGGAAGGUUCUGAGAAAGUAAAAGAUUUGGAAAGUGUUGACUUGGGUAAAGAUGCACUAUCAUACCUUAUUUAUGAACAGAGGCUCAUACCGAAAGAAACGAAGUCUGAAGCUGAACCCUCAUUAGCUCAAGAAUUAAGAGAUGCAGCAAUAAAAGAGCAGCUUCUCGAUCUAUCACCAGAAUUGGUUGUAGAUGAAGCAAUAGAGCCAGAAGUGUUCAAAGAAGGUUUGAAGAUCUCACCGGUCGUCCCGGACAGAGCGAAGCUCAAGAAAGCUAACUCAGCUGAGGACAUCUCGCAGUGCGAGGAGAGUCAAAAGAAAACCAUCGUCUUCCAAGUGCCUGAAGUACUCUCUACACCGAGGGAUAUCCCAGAAAGAAGAACGAAAUUACGAACGCGGAGCGGUUCCAGUCCCAAAUCUUUACCAGAGAGUUUGAACAAACCUUCCCCUUUGACCAAAAUGGACUCUAUAUUGUUUAAGAAAAAGAAAAAGGUGUCGUCUCUAGGGAAAAUAGCUAGAGAUUCUCUUCUAGCAUUGAACAUGAGCGAGGAAGAGAUCGCAGAGUUCAGACGAUCGUACAAGCUUACCUCUGUAGAGAGCUUGAGGUCUUUGGAGUCCGUGUCGGAAGACGCCAACUCCCAGAGCGGGGCGUCGGUUGAUUCUAGAUGCAGGUCCUGUUUGCGGACCUCUCAGGAGAGCCUCAUGUCUCUGGACUCCAUAAAUGAGGAUUGCCGGUGCGGGGAGGACUGUGAGAAACAGAGCCACUCGGGAAGAUAAUCGGGUACUAUAAAUCAGAGUUAUUGGGAGACUAUGGCUUAGUAUAUUGUUAAGGGCUUGCGACUUGUUGUUUCGCUUCUCAAAUGAUUUGAUUUUUUGAUCAUUUACAUUUGUUUAAGUACAAAUUAUAAUAACCAAUGUUUUUGAAGCUUGUAUGCUAAUGCUUGUAAAUAGUUGAGGUCCAUCAGGAGGUGGAAAUAACAAGUUUUAUCACGCCCUAAAUGGCGGCUGUUGUAUAUAAAGCUGUUAAUAUGAUACAUAAUGAUGACGUAUUUGCCAACGUCACAUAUGUGUAAAUAAACUUAUUGAUUAUCCAUAGAUCUCCCAAGAUUCUAAGUGUAAUAAAUAUUAUGUACAGUGCGUUUUAAAUUUUAUAUAAAAAAUUAAGAUUAUCCAUUCUUAAAUAUAUGCGUUUGCAUAAAAUAUAUGUACAGAAGGUAGAAGAUUAUAUGGCUUUGCACACUAAUAUUGUCUCUUUCCAAAAAUUAGGAAAAGAGAGGGACAAAAUUUUCUUCUCGAUAAUAUUAGUGUGCGGAAUACGAUGUUUAUAUUAGUGGUUCAAUAUAUCAAAUUGAUAUGUUGAAAAUUCUUCUCAAAAGUUUAUUACUAUAGUAAAUAUAUGAAAUAAUCAUGUAUCUAACAUAAUGUAGCACACUUCGCUGGAUUCUAUGACAAUGUACCUAUAGUUCUGUAAAAAGCGAGAUGUAGCUAUCUGAUAAAGAGAGAUAGUAAAAGAUAUCGAUUCAGAUAGCCAUGCUGAGUUGUUAAAAUUAAAUAUCACAACACAAUGGAUACUUAAAUUUGAAAAAUAUAUUAAAUAAAUGGAUAUUGAAUUUUUGAGGUCAAAAAUUAAUGACAGGUGAGUAGUUCAUAUAUAAAUUCAAUUAUCAUAUUUGUCAUUAAACUUUGCCCCCUAAAAUCCGAUGUCUGGUCAAAUCUGGCAAAAUCACAAAGGCUUGUACUUAAAAUGCGUUUAAUACUUAAAUAAAAGCAACAUCAAACUUA